AUGGAUCCAGUUCGUGACACUGCCGGCGCAAAUUCGCAAGCGCGAUCGCCAUUGGAGAACCUUGAUCCACAUGGAAUUUCUGCAUUUUUGAGUCAACUUUCUGCCAUUCAUGCUCACGUGAGUCGGAAUAGUGGAGGAUUCAAUCAAGAUCCUUCCAAUCACUUCUUCUUGCAUCCGUCUGAAAAUUCAGGUAUUGCUAUUACAAAUGUCAUUUUUAAUAGAAAGAAUUAUGGAGAUUGGAGUAGAUCUAUGGUUAGGACUCUGAGAUCUAAGAAUAAGAUCAAAUUCAUUGAUGGUAGUUUACCUAGACCUGAGAUACACGAUCCUUCUUAUGAAGCUUGGGAGCGUUGCAAUACCUAUGUAGUUGCAUGGUUAAACCUUAGUCUGAAUUCUGAUAUUGCUCAAAGUGUAAGCUGGAAAAAUGUGGCAUUAGAUCUCUGGGAUGAAUUGAAGCAUAGAUACUACCAAGGGGAUAAAUUUCGAGUAGCCAAAUUACAGGAAGAUUUGUAUGCUCUCAAACAGGAAGAUAUGAAUGUGACUGCAUAUUUCACUGAAUUGAAGAAGAUGUGGGAGGAAUUAGACAACUUUAGAACAAUUCCUUCAUGUAGUUGUGGAAGAGAUUGCAAUUGUGGAUUAGCUGUUGUAAGAAAUUUUAGAACGGAAGAUCAAAUAACACGAUUUCUUAGAGGACUGAAUGAACAAUAUGCUGGAGUAAGGUCUCAGGUCAUGCUUAUGGAUCCGCUUCCAACUCAAUCCGCCACUCUCUUGAACACUGCAGAAGAUUCACACAGCAGAGGAAGAGGGAGGGGCAGAGGAGGCAGGAAUCAAGGUUUUGGAAGAGGUCAAGGAGGACGAGGCAAGAUGUGGUGCUCCCAUUGUGGUAAGUCUGGACAUACCAUCGACACAUGCUAUAAAAAGCAUGGAUAUCCACCACAUAUGCAGCAGAGGCACAACACUGCAAUCAUGAACAUUAGUGCAUCAGAUUCUGAGGGAAGAAAUGAAAAUCUCAGAUUUUCUUACAAUGGAGAGAGCAGUGGGUCACAGAUUUUUGAUUUCACACCAGAACAAAAAUCAGCUUUGCUAGCACUUCUCAACAAAGAAGAUCAGAAACCAAAUCAUAGUGCUCAACCACACACUCUAGAGCCUUUACCAACACCUCAUCCAGGUAGUUUGGUACAUGUCAUGCAUUUUAGAUCAAGCAUACUUGCAUUAAAUGUUUCAAAUAAAAAAUAUGCGCCUUGGGUGGUGGACACAGGGACUAUAGACCAUGUGUCAUACUCACUCAAUGAUUUUCAGUCAUAUCAUGAAAUAGCUCCAAUUCUUGUCAAAUUGCCUAAUGGUGCACUAGCCAUUAGCAAAAUUGCUGGAACUAUUUUCUUUUCAAAGAACUUAUACCUUGUUGAUGCAUUGUAUAUACCUUCCUUCAAUUUCAAGCUGAUUUCUGUUUCCAAGGCCACAUCUCAUUUGCAUUGCCACAUGAACUUUGAUGACAAAUUGUGUAAGAUUCAGGAUAUCAGCUCGGAGAAGGUGAUUGGUGCAGCUAAGGCAUGUGAAGGACUUUAUGCACUGAAUGCUGAGGCAGUGAGACCUGAAUUUUUUGGCAGCCAAGUAAAAGUCAUUAGAACAGACAAUGGACCAGAAUUUUUAAUGCCUCAGUUUUAUACAGAAAAUGAAAUUCUUCACCAAACAUCAUGUGUUGAAACCCCUCAACAAAAUGGCAUUGUUGAGAGGAAACAUCAACACUUGUUGGCUGUCACUCGUAGCUUGAUUUUUCAGUCUGAUAUACCCAAAUGUUUUUGGAACUUUGCUCUUUUGCAUGCAGUUUACAUCAUCAAUCGAAUUCCAAGCACCUUCUUGCAAAACAAGUCUCCAUUUCAACUUCUUUACCAAACCUUUCCUGAUCUUUCAGAUUUAAAAAUCUUUGGAUGUCUAGCCUAUGCUUGCACUAUAACAGCUGGAAGACAUAAGCUAGAUCCAAGGGCUCGAAAAUCCAUAUUUCUGGGAUUUAGGGAGGGUGUUAAAGGAUUCGUAUUGAUGGAUUUAAAGACAAGACAGAUUUUCAUUUCCAGAAAUAUGCAUUUCUAUGAAGAUCACUUUCCUUUCCACACACAAACAACCUCAAACACCUUUUCACAAAAUUCUGCAUCAGUAGGUUACAAUUCACAUCAUGACCCUCUUUCUUAUGACCUAUUUCCACAUGCUGUACCUCAUACACAGUCAACACCUUCACACACCACACACAAUGAAAAUUUAAAUUCACAAAUUAAUUCUUCACAUACUGAUGAAAGUGCUGAGGCAGCCUCCACUUCCUCCCUUCAUCAUGAUCCUAAACCUGUUGUGCAAAGGAGGUCCACAAGAAUCAGGAGUCGCCCUUCGUAUCUUCAAGAUUAUCAGUGCCUAAAUAUCACUUUCAAUCUUGGCCAUUCCACACAAUCUCAGUGUAAGUAUCCCCUAUCAAACUUUCUAUCAUAUGAUAAAUUUUCACCAUCACAUAGAGCAUUUUCGAUUGCAUUAUCCACAAACACUGAACCCAAGCACUAUGAAGAGGUAGUCUCUCAACCUUGUUGGAAAAAGGCUAUCCAAUCUGAACUUGAUUCUCUAAAUGAAAGCAAAACCUGGAAGCUCACUACUCUACCAGUUGGUAAGAAGGCCAUAGGGUGCAGGUGGGUUUUCAAGGUCAAAUACAACCCUGACGGUAGUAUUGAGAGACAUAAAGCACGCCUUGUGGCAAUCCCUGGCAUUUACUAUCGAGACACCUUCAGUCCGGUUCUCAAGCUAACAAGUCUUCGCAUUGUUCUUGCUUUGGCAGCAGCUAAUAACUGA